AUGAGAGGCGGCCAAGCAACACACACUUUGACACUAGACCAACUACCAUCACAUGUUCACGGUCAAGGUACCUAUUCUACUCUAACAGCAGGUGAUCAUUCACAUUCGUAUUAUGAUCCUGGACAUUAUCACGGUGGACAGACGGGCACUUCAGCGUACAGUGGAGGAACUAUGCCCAUGUAUAAACCAACAGGUGGCCGCAGCAGUGAUCAUGGCUUACAUUCACAUUCCAUUUCUAUUGAUAAAACGCGUAUAAGCAUUAAUACAGCUGGUAGUCAUAGUCAUUCAAUUAUCGGUCAAAGUGGUGCUGUAGGUGGUGCACAUACGUUUAAAAUAAAAGCUUUAGGAACUAAUAAAGACAUUUUGAAAUUUUGUUUUUCAAUAAAUUUUCAUUUAUUUGAUUUUUUAAUAAUAAAAAAGAAAAAAAGUAAAAUGUCAAAUAAAGAUGAUGAAUCAGUUGAAAUGUUAUAUUCAAAAUUAUGUCUUGAUUUAAAUAUGGAUAUGGAAACAAAGUUAGAUGCAUGGCGUUCAUAUGAACAUAUUCGUAAACAUUAUGUUUUAGAAGAUGAUCAAUUACAUUGGUUAGCUGUUUCAUUAUAUGUAUCAUGUAGAAGAUAUAAACAUCUAACAACAAACGAUAAUAAUCCAAUAUCAAUAUCACGUUUAUUAAAAAGUGCUAAUCAUUUAGAAUUAAUUGUUUUUUUUGAUAAAUUACAUAAAUGGGAAGAUAUGGCCAAUUUACCUGAUUCAAUUCGAUCAAAAAUUGAUCAAGUUGAACAUGCUUUUAAUAUAUCAUCAAUUAUAUUUGAAAAAUAUACGAAAAUAUUUAUUGAAAUAUUUGGUGGAAAUCAAGAUACAUUAAUUUAUUCCGAUUAUCAAUAUAAAAGAGCAUCAAAUCAAAUAAAUCCUAAAUUAAAUACAAAAAAUAAAUUACAUAAAUGUUCACAUCAAGAUUUAUAUUCACUUAUAUGGACAAUAUAUGCAUUAGCUAAAACAAUUUAUCCAUCAACUAUAAAUGAUCUUAUUGCUUCAUUUCAUUUACUUAUUUCUUCUUUUUCUUUUAUUUAUGAUUAUGUCAAAUUAGCCAAAUUAGAUUAUUUACUUAAAGGUUGUUGUUUAAAUGAUUUAUGUUCAAAUGAUGGAAGCAUAAUCGAUAACUUAUGUAUAAUGUAUUGUUGUUCAUCGGAUACGUGUCGAGCAAUAAUCGAACAACAUUUAAAAAAUGAUUUAUUGAAACGUGUUGAUAAAAACGAAGAUUUUUUAAAUGAAUUUAAUUAUUUAGAAACAAUUCGUGAUAUAAAUCGUCAAUAUGAUGAAAUUGUUUUAACAAACUGUAUAAUUGAUGAAAGAAUUUUUUUAGAAAAAAAAUCUCAAUUAAAUGACUUAUGUAAUUCAUUAAAUGAAAAUCGAUAUUCAAAAUCUUCUGAAAAUCGAACACCAUUAACAGCAAAUCAACAUUUUGCAUCGAAUGAUGGUCAAACAAUUUCUUCUAAUCAAUAUUUAACACCCAUAUCUCAAGCUAAUCAUUUAAUUAAAUUAUUAUAUUCAAUUGUUGAACAACAACAAACAAAACCAACAGAUAAUCUUAUUUCAAUUAUUGGACAACAAACUUUUUUAGAUGAUCUUGUUGAACGUUUAAAUGAAUAUGAACAUUCAUUUAAUAAUCAAUAUGAUUUAGCAGAAAAUGUUAAUAAAAUAAGUCGAGAAGAAAAUCCAUCUCGAUCAUGUAAAUCACGUUUUGAUUUGUCAUUAAAAUUAUUUUAUUAUUCUAUUGAAAAUAUUUUAACUAUUGAAAAAGGCAGAUUAAAUAUAAAUAAAUUUAAUUCACAACAAAUUCAACAAUCAUUUCAUAAAUUAAUAUUAAAUAAUGAAUUUAUUCGAUCUCUCCUCAGUUUAUGUUUAUUAUUAGUAUUAUAUGCUCAUUCGGAUAGAUAUCAUGAUUUUAAUUGGAUAUUACAUGUUUAUUCAUUAGAUGGAUAUUCGUUGUUAAAAAUCAUACAAAUUUUUUUACAAACGUGUGAACAAAUACGUAAAUCAACACCAUUUAUUAAAUAUUUAUCAUCAAUUGAAGAAAAUAUUUUAUCAUCAAUGGCUUUUUCAGCAAAAUCCUUAUUAUGGAAUGAUAUUGAAUUAAAAGGUAUUUUAUCAUAUAAAACAAUAUCAUCAAUUCAAUCAAAUAUAAAUAAUUCCUUAUCAUCAAUAAAUAAUGUAACUCGAAUGUUUAAUCAAUCACCAAAUAAAACAAAUGUAUCAAGAAAAUUAUUUCAAUCGAAUACAACAGAUCAAUCAACAGUAAGAUUUAUUAUUUGA